ACCGGGAAAUAGUAUCGCCUUAAAUAGCACGCAAUAAUAAACAUCCGGUCUAUUUUACCUGUACAAAAUGGCGUCUGUGACAUUUGGAUGUUUAUGUGUCGUUUUAGCGUAUGUCAUCAGCUGUGCAGAAGGAUAUGGGUUCUGUAAAGAUCUGUACACAGACGCGCAGCAAGAUUGGCGCGGAUAUCUCAGGAUAGACUGUGAGGUGGGGGUGUUGUUGAUAGGCAUCCUCGGAGUUGCUGUUUCCGCGCUGCUUCUCUGUCACUUCGGGAUGUGGUUUAACCAGAGAAUGCAGAACAGCGGAAACUACGUGCGCUUCCAUGACGGUGUUGUCGAUCAAAGGAACACAGAAAGAUUUACAGCAGUGUCGGUUCGAGCAUAUUGAGAAUUGAAAUGCCAUUUCACUGAGGAACAUUUUUCCAUGUACAUAUAUAUAUACACGUGGACGGGAACGCAAAGCGUUUGGAAUGUUACUGUACAAAGUGCUAUAUCGAACAUUAUUUUGAGAACGAGUUAUAAUAAAAAAAACUACCAGUUCUAGUGAACGUGUUUAAUAUGGCUAAUAGUACACAAACAUUUUCCAUCAUUUCAGAGAAAAACGACGAAAACAAGUGUGGCGUUUUAAAUAUGUGUUUAUUUUCUGUAUUUUAAGGUACUGUGAUACAAAAGCAUUUUUUUAUCUUGAACACAUGAGAAAUAAAAGUACAGCCACCGUGUACUAUUUUUACAAUAAAGAAGUUCGUUUGGAAAACCAUUUUUAGCACGAGGAUAGACAGUCCACAGUUAAUACUACUUGUUAGUAUACAAGAUUUGUGUAAAUUUGUGUAAAUAAAAUACGUUAAAUUUAUUCCAGUCAUGUAUGUACAUGUGUAGAUAUCCGCAAACUCAUAAGGGACUCUCACAUUUCGGCAUGAUGUCGUUUUGUUUCCAUUAAAACUGCAAUAUUUACAAUAAUAUGAAAGAGACCCUUUUACUCUGUAUGUAUGCCCAUCUCAUUUUAAAUCUUUCUCGAGCCAUUUGUAUCUCAUAAUUGUAUAUUUUGAUAUAUUUUAUACUGAAUAAACGUACGAACAAUA